UCGCCUCCACUGUAGUCCGUGACACAAAGUUUGGUACGGUCGGCCUGCCUUUAUUUCUGGUCACCUUCGCCGCACUGAUUUGUGUCAUACUGGCAAUGGUUAUCUACUACUGUUACGGGAAGAGGAAAUCCGGGUCACAUUAUCUCGAGGAAAAUGGUGGUCCGGGCGGAAAUGUCAGGGGACCACAGAUGGCUCUUCAAAUGGAAGACGUACAUUAUGGGAACAACUUUGAGACAAUUGACUUGGAGGACGAAAGAAAAUCAAGAGCCGGCAAUGGAAGUAACCCUGGGCUACUCUCAUUUAAAAAUCAUCAAACCGAAAACGACACCGCUAGUAAUGAUGACGCCAACUCCAUCACAGUAGAGCCGCCAUCUUGGCUUCGAGUCGAACCGACAAGUAAUGACGAUACUGCCUCAAACUUCUCUACGCAAGCGCAGACUGACGACAAAGACACGAAAGAGGAAAUUGACGAACAUUUAGAUGAUAAUGACCCGACAAAUGACGACAGGGAAGGUUCGGAUGCUCUGUCGGUGAACAGUUCUGCUAUUGAUGAGGAGGAACUUCCGCCUCCCCCACUUCCAAGUGAAUCAGACGACCAAGGAGAAGGAAAAACAGAGAUGUGACGUCAUACAUCUUCCGCUUCCGGUUGUUAGUAGGAAUCCGAACAGUAUUGAGUAGUGGAAUAUCACUAUAUAUAUAACUAUUUUUACCGCGAAUGCGUGUUUCCCACGGAACGUAAAACUAAUGUGACAGAAAAUGUGUGUUGUCUCAUUGUCCGAAGUUUUUUUAUAAGUACUAGAUAAUUACAAGAGUAUCGAAAAGGCGUUUUGAAUGCCCAAGGACCCCGUUUUUAGUGUAGAUAUGUUAUCUGCGAAUUAAGAAUAUGCAUUGCCCUAAAGAAUAGCUCUGUACACGCAUAUCUAUGGCAUUUUGAAGGAUAAAAGGAAUCGAUGGCUUAUCAAUGAUAAAAUUUGGCAAUUUUUGGUUAACAUAUGUAUAUCCGUUUUGGUCAGGUUUUUUUUUUACUUUGAACCAAUCAAAAGGCUAGCUAUGAAACCUUUAUAUUUCUAUGACAUAAUUUAAAAGUUAAGAGGAAAUGUUUGCAUGCAGAGAAGAACCCUUGAAGUUCAGAAAUAAGUUAUCUCCAAAUGUAUACUAAAUAUUCAGGAGUAUUUUGAACCGGCCAAAUGGCAAACCAUGAAUCUGCAAUUUUUCCACAUGUAAGUUGAAGAUUUCAGAGAAUUUUUCAUGCAACGAAGAAACAAUCGAGGUCAAGUGUACAUGUAUGUGGAUAUGUUGCUCGCUAAGAACAAAUUUUUACGGAGAGAUUUUUGUAUCAGCUGUUAUGACGUGGCACAGAAAUUGUCGUUAUCAUUGUUAUUACGUCAUUAUGUCAGAUACCGGUGACCUUAAGCUUCUUAUGGUAACACGAAACAUUAUAUUAAUUAUAAAAGCAUACGGCAAAAUUAACGAUUUGUUGAUGAGAUUUUUUAUGAACGCUGUACAACAAUAUUGAACAAUGUUUUGUGUUGUAUAUGGAUGCCGCCUUCUGGCAAAAAUUCAAGAUAACAUAUGAGCGAUCAAAUUUGCACGUUUUCCCCUUUUGAUCGCUUUUUAGUCCGUAGUGUAAAUUUUCUUUCAAUUUCACUUACACUUCUAAAGGUAAAACUUAAACUAUUUAAAAUAUUAUUUUCGGGAAGGCGUCGUAUGCCUAAAAUGAAUCUAGUGCCUUUAUACCGUAUAUGUAUAUUGAGGUCCAUUUUUAUAUUUAAAAAAAAUAAAUUCAUAAUUCCAUUGUCAAAUAUCAAAUAUCCUUGAGAUGUUUAAUAGUGAGGUAAGCUAAAAAUGAGAGCCUUGCCACCUUCCUUUACCCAAUAAUGUAUGUAAGGAUAAUGUUUAUUACGUCACUCUCACGUGACCCAUUUUAAUUGUCUCUUGCUCGUGAUAGUGCGUCUUGCGACCGUAAACAAUUAACAUUAGCAUGCUUGGACUAAGGGCUAUCGUAUAUGUUGAAUGAAAGACAUUGGUUUAUAUUCAAAUGGGCCGAAGAGUUAAAAUCGUUAAACAACUUCUCAACAACUAAGAGGCCAAUGGUAAUGAUAUUGGACAGUAGCAUGUUGGAAAAAUUUGUUCAAAUGAAUUACCUUGAAAUAUUUCCAAGGUCAUAGAGUUCAAAUGUGUUAAAAUCUUUAAACUAUAUCUGAGGUCUCAAUAACCAAAAUGCCCAGGGUCAUGAUAUUGGGCCUGUAGCAUACUGGGAUGAAUGAAUACCAUGUAAGUUCAAAUGAACGACCUUGACAUACUUUCAAAGUUAUAGAAGUCAAAUAUGUUCAAUUUUUUAAACAAUUUCUCAAUUACCAAGAGGUUUAUUAGAGUAAUGAUAUCAAACCAAAGUCACAUUGGAAUAUACAGAGCUACAACGUUUGUAUAAUUGGAUGACCUUGACCUAUAUAUCUACUUUUAAUGUCAAAAGGUUCAUAGCUUUUGAAAUACUUAAAUGUCUUCUUCUCAACAACCAAGAGGCUUUGGGUUUUGACGUGGCUUUGUGUCAUGACGUUAGUCGAUACGCACUGUGGGAUGGAUGGCUGCAAAGUUUGCCCUUGACCUACUUCAAUGUCAGAUAGGUGAGAUGUUGUAAAGUUUCGUUAAAUCAGGUGACCGAUAAGGCCCCUGGGCCUCUUAUUUUGUUUGAUAUAAAUGUUUUUAUUUAUAUCGACAGAAUUUUAUAGAAAUCAUCAACAUUAUUUUAUAGAAAUCAUCAACACGGUUAUAUACAUCCAUAUCUACAGUGAUGUAAAAUGGCUGAUAUUUGAGAGGUUAUUGUUCCCGGCUGUACGCAUUAUCAUUGUGUAUUGUCUUCAUGUUAACCCCAUUGUGUAUUGCCUUCAUGUUAACCCCAUUGUGUAUUGUCUUCAUGUUAACCUCAUUGUUUAAAUUAUAAAGAAAAUGUUGACAUUGGUAAUAUAUCCUAGAUAACUGUAUCCUUCGUUAUGGGAACACUUAACCUCAUCUGUAUAUUUUUGUGUUUGUAUAUUUUUGUGUUUGUAUAUUUUUACCAAAAGUGUACUGUGGUCGCUCUUUCGGCCAUGUUUGUUUCUCAUUAUAUUUCCCAUUGUAUAAAAAAAUCAUGACUGCCGCUUGAAAUGAUUUGUUCAGUGACACAUAUGAUACAAAAUCUCAAUCCACGGUCCAUAUAUAAUAGUUGCACAGGGACCUGGAAAAAAUAUCAAUCCAUGGUCCAUAUACAUGUAUUGAAAGUAACACAGGGACCUGGAAAAAAAUCUCAACCCACGGUCUAUAUAUAUGUAUAUAUAUUUCUUUAUAUAUUAAUUUGAGUAUGGGGAUCAUAAGACAAGUAUACGUAAACCGCGUGUUGGGAAAUUGUGUCCAAUCCCUGUGAUUCUAAACAAAGAGAAAUAAUAGGUCCAAGGCCAAAUGUCGUAAAUACUCAAUAGAAGUAAUGAACAAUAAUUGUAUCUAAUUCGGGUGUUAAUAUAUAGAACCUUCAUUAACAUUAAUUAUAAUCACAUACCAGAGUCAUAUCAUUUGUAGCUUCAUCAUAUAGAGUCAGAUAAUAUCGUCGUUUUAUAUGUAUGCGUCAUCAUUUGUUCGGGAGUCUGGGCUUUGUUUUAAACCAACACCAGACUCUUCAUAUUAAGCUUGAUAACUCUAUAAAAAUAUCUACAUCUGCAGUUAAUGUGUCGCUUGAAAAGUGUCUCAUACAUUGAAUCACACGAAAUGUAUUAUUUCGUGUUCUAUUCAUGACGAUCGUUAUACUAUGUUAAAAUAUAUAGCUAAAUUUCCGUAUUUCACAAAAAUUACACAUUUUUAUAUUUUUCAAAAAUAAACAAAAACAAAAUUGACAUUUGUUGUUUUAUAUUUAUUUAGAAUCACAUUAUACAUAGGUAUAGAUAAAUAAUAUUUCCUUUCAUUUUUUUCAUUAUACAUACACUCAUGCAUGGGAUAUAAUAGCAAUUAGGUAAUAUCACUUAUUGAAAAGUUGAAUAAUUGAUUUCACUUAGAUGAACUGACAGGGAUUAUCUAUAGUUUUCUAUUGUGUGAAAUAAUUAAUAAAUUAUAUUACUUGAAA